AAAAAAAAAAAAAAAAAAAAAAACUUUUUUUUUAACAAUAUGAGUUGUCUUUCAUGUGGUGGCUGCUUUACCGGCACAGGAUGUUCUACUAGCAAAUCAACAUUAAAAAGGCAACCAGAUUUAAUAGCUCGUUUUCAAUCAUUACUUGACUUGGCAUCUUCAACCAGUACCAAAGCCACAAAUAAUCUUGAUCAUGAUCAUAUUAUUCCCACUAUCAUUUCAGAACUAUCAAAUCAGGUUUAUUCUUCACAAAUUGUACUUUUCAAAGCAUAUGAUGAACUCUCAUUAGAGGUUUUCUUAAACAUGGCAAAAUUGCUAAAUGAUCAUGGUGUUGUAGGCAUGCAUAUUGCAUGGGCAGCAGAAUACUGUCAAAAUGAUCUUCAUCAAUUACUGAAUAUACUGUCUAAUAAAGAAAUGGAACAAAAAAAGAAAUCUUUAUUGCAACAUUGUAAUGAUCAAGCUGAAAUUCAUGAAAUGUUUGCGCAGCUACCUACUAGAUCAGUAGGAAGAACAUUUAUAGAAGAAAAAAAAUAAAUUUAUAUACCAUCUCUAUUUGUAAUUAUAUUGUUUUAAUUGAUUGAAUAAAUGCA